AACGAUGGGCAUGCUCAACAAAACCCGCUGAGCUGAGCGUCCUGCUCGAAUCUAACCGGAAUAUCCAUCAGCUGGACCAAAAUACAUUCGUUUUAACCCUUUUUAACCGAGACAGACCGCUAUUUAAUCGGUCGUUUCCACCCUACGCCAUCUAAACCACAUCGUUUCUACACUAACCGUCUGAAAGAGGAUCAGCAAACAUGUUCUACACCUGUGGUCCCAACGAAGCUAUGGUGGUGUCAGGCUUCUGCCGGUCUCCUCCCCUGAUGAUACCCGGAGGCAGAGUGUUCGUCAUCCCGUGCAUCCAGCAGUUACAAAGGAUUUCCCUGAACACUCUGACUCUGAAUGUGAAGAGCGACAAGGUCUACACCCGCCACGGGGUGCCCAUCUCUGUCACCGGGAUAGCUCAGAUGAAGAUCCAGGGUCAGAACAAACAGAUGCUGGCUGCAGCCUGCCAGAUGUUCAUGGGGAAGUCAGAGGCCGAGAUCGCUCAGAUCGCCUUGGAGACGCUGGAGGGACACCAGCGGGCCAUCAUCGCCCACCUGACUGUUGAGGAGAUCUACAAGGACCGAAAGAAGUUCUCAGAGCAGGUUUUUAAGGUGGCGUCUUCUGACCUGGUCAACAUGGGCAUCAGCGUGGUCAGCUACACGCUCAAAGAUGUUCACGACGACCAGGAUUAUCUACAUUCACUGGGGAAGGCUCGAACUGCCCAGGUCCAGAAAGACGCCCGCAUUGGAGAGGCCAAGAACAAGAGAGAUGCUGUGAUCAGGGAGGCUCAUGCGAUGCAGGAGAAAGUCUCGGCUCAGUACAAGAAUGAGAUCGACAUGGCGAAGGCCCAGAGGGACUAUGAGCUGAAGAAGGCUGCCUACGACAUUGAGGUCAACACAAAGAAGGCUGAGUCAGAGAUGGCCUACCAGCUGCAGGUAGCGAAGACGAAGCAGCUUAUCGAGGAGGAGAAGAUGCAGGUGCAGGUGGUCGAGCGGACGCAGCAGAUCAUGCUGCAGGAGCAGGAGAUCAGCCGUAGGGAGAAGGAGCUGGAGGCCAAGGUGAAGAAACCUGCGGAGGCGGAGAGGUACCGCCUGGAGAAACUGGCCGAGGCCCAACGUCUAAAGUUGAUCAUGGAGGCGGAGGCCGAAGCCGAGUCCAUCAGGAUGAAAGGUGAGGCCGAGGCGUUUGCAGUGGAGGCCAAGGGUCGCGCCGAGGCAGAGCAGAUGGCGAAGAAGGCAGAGGCCUUCCAGCAGUACAAGGACGGCGCCAUGGUGGACAUGCUGCUGCAGCAGCUACCUCUGAUGGCAGAAGAGAUUAGCCGGCCUCUGUGUGCAGCCAACAAGGUUACCAUGGUAUCCAGUGGAGGCGGGGAGGUGGGCGCAGCCAAGCUGUCAGGAGAGGUGCUGGACAUCAUGGUCCGCCUCCCCGAGGCUGUGGAGAAGCUGACUGGAGUCAACAUCUCCCAGGUGACCUCUCGUACAGGCUGAUGGGAAUCAACCAGUCGGAUGACCAGACAGAUACCCCCCCCCCUGCCCUAGCCUUAUUACCUGUCUGGACUCUUUGCAUGAGUCUGCUUAACACCUAACAGCCUCUCUCCUGUACUCCCAUCACCUCCCCUCCCCCCCACCCCCUAAUACUUUCCACAUAUUUUCUCUUUAAAAAUUCAGGCCUGCGACUUAAUUUACAUUGGUUUGACCCGAUAUUUAAAUGCAUCAAAACAGGCAACAAGUAACUGCAGGCUGUGCAUGCAGUACUUUUUACAUUUUCACUUUCUUCUCUCUGCACGGCACGUUAAUGAGAACGUCUUUAUUCGUCUCCUUUUGUCUCAGUCUCUCCCCGCUGUCUGUUUACUUUUACCUCCAUAACGGCCUGUCCACUGCCUCGCUGCCAAACCGUAAGUGCAUCUUAACGUGAAUGUUUAACACCAACACACAUUCAAAACCUUGAUUUACUAAUGCACUAAUAUUGCAUAGUCUCGACCUAAACCACUGACUUUGGUUUUAGCCAUCACUCAUCUCUCAUCAUGGGAUUCUGAUGGAAUUCAUAUUUAAUUUAUCAAGGGAGAUUAGGGUAAUCAUUUUGACCUUUUAAUCGUUUUAAAGUUGUCAUGGAUGGUUGGAAAUUCAGAUAAUCAAAAUUGUGAUGCCAUCUGUAUAUCGGUUUGCUGUUCUAGGUAUUAGAACUGUAUAUUUAUAGUAUUUUUUUUUUUACAUCUGUCAUUGUUUUCUAUUUCAUAUCUGUGGGUUCUCCAUCCACAAUAACUUCUUCUAGUCUUUUCCUGCUGGAUAAGUGUUAAUACUAUAUAUAGAUAGAUUAUUAUAGGACCCUUUGCAUAAGGCAUACCAGUAUAAUAUAGACAAACAUUAAAACCCUGUGCAGCAGCCCCACACUUUUCUCUGUGAUUUCAUGCAAAAAUAUUAAAUGUUGUGCGUGUUGACUCACUCAAACCCACCUUUAGUUCCAUCUACCCUGACUUCAGGUUCAAUACUAAGCACUUCCGUGUCAAACAUAUUUAUCUAAUUGCUAUUUUUAUAUCUGUCAUCAGAGCACUGCAAUUGUCACUUUCUACUGGAUGCAGGAAAUCCAGCUCAAUUUACUGUUAACCUUUAAAGCUCUUCAUUUAUAAAUCACGAUGAUAUAAAUUUUGUUAUUUAUGAUGAAAGUUUACGACCAGGCAAAAUAGAAAUUUACAGUGAAUCAAAAGCAGUUUUUUUUUCAUAAUCUAAUGCUUUAAUAACAUCAUAGGUAAAGCCCCUCUCCCAAGGACGUUUCCCAAGGACACUUAAACAAAAAAAAAAGAUCUAAGCCAAAACAGGAGCUUGAACCUGGUCUUCUGGACUUUUCCACCCUGUAGCCCAGUAAUGCAAACACUGUACUAAAUGUAUACAGUAAGUAAAGUGGCACCAUUUAUGUUGUUAUAGCAAGUUAUGUAGCAGCUCUAAUAAAGAUGUAGCUUGUAGAACUAAAGGUAAAUAUGGUGCAAAUAUAGCUUUAUUAUGGUAGCAAUGGGAAUACCACAGUCUAACUGUGAGAUAACUGUUGAAAUGCUGAACUAUGUAUCAUUAUUGUUGUUUUUCAAAUGUGAAGAGAUGUGCAUGAGAUGCUAAAGAGUCACUUAGAUUACUGAUUGUCAGAUGAUGCCAGCUUGUACUUCAGGGAAAAGGAUGUAUUCAUAUUUGGUGGUCAGAUCAUUUCUUCUCUAGUCAAUCUUACUGUAUUGUGUGCUGUGUCUUUGUGUUAACGUAUUACUUUAUGAUACAAAGUUAAUAUCAAACAAUCCAUUGUAAGGAAGUUAAAAUCUCUCAGUAUAUUUGUAAUUUAUCAUCUUAGAGUCGAUGCAUCUGUCUAUGAUACGCUAGCGAGGGUUUACGAGCUAGCUCUGAAGUGUUGCAACUUGCCUUACAUCGUAACCCUAUUACACUGUCGUCCUCCAUCAUAAGCUCUGGGGAAAAACGUGUUUUUGUAUCAGCAAGACAUCAAAAAGAAUUUAAACUUUUAGGAAUCACACGAUGGACAACGCAUUUGCUUUUCUUUAGAUUUUGAAAAUGAAUUGCAUGUCUGAUUUGGUUUGACUGAGCUGUAUGAUGUAUGGCACUAAAUGUAACCAUAAUAGUCCUUUUUAUUUUAACACCUCACUGUUUGUCCGUCAGCCGUCUGCCCUGCUGAUUACUGCACAGCCAAAUCACAUGGAUUGAAAUAGAUCAAUAGGAUCAAUAGGAUUUUUCUGAAGGUAUAUUUCAUUUAUUUGAAGGUUAUUUUGCAUGCAUAUCCAUGCCUGUUAGUCACACUUUCGCUCUAAUUUAUUCUUGCAUAUGUUUUAAGUCAGGACGCUGUACUCUACUGUGGGAUUACCAAAGUAGGAGAUUUUUUCAUCAGCUUUAGAAAAGGAAAUGUGAUCUUUGUUGUGAUCUCUGAAAUUCUGUGUUUUAAGUGGAAUCAUACUCUGAAGUGACACUACAUGUGGAUAUAGAUGUAUUUAUACAGUAUAUAUUUGAUAUUUAAUGCAGUAUCAGUGUAGCACUGUUAGCUUCACAGGUCACCAUUAACAACUAACUUUUACUAACAGCAGUGUUUCACUAUAAAUGUAUUUACGCUAUUAUCCGUUACAGAGUUUUCUGUUUUAUUGCAACUCAGUAGUAAAGUUCGGCCAAGGAUAAUGGCACUUUGUUGCUUUUUAAUUACUGUCUGUGAACUUCAGGUUCUGAUUUUUUUUUUCUGGAAAUUGUUAUUCUACAAAGCUC